AUGGCUGAUGCAAGCAACGUUAAUGAUGAUGAUGAUAUGGUUAGACAAGAAGCAUUUGAGAGCAAGGUCGCGGAAGUAGCGGAAGGGGUUAUGCAAGCCAAUCUUCCACGGUUGGCUCAAGAAGUAGAAAGCCGAGUUCUUGGGGUCGUGGAUGCCAUGAUGACCAGUAGGUUUGAAGAGUUGAAAGAAUUAAUCGAAGAGUCCAAGGGUAGAGGUAAGGAAAGAAGGUGCACUUACAAGGAUUUUAUGGCAUGCCAUCCGGCGACGUAUGACGGUAAAAUCGACCCAGUCGAAUGUCAAAGAUGGGUCUCGAAUAUAGAGGCGGUGUUUAUACGAAGCCGGUGCGAUAAGGAGGACCAGGUGAUGUUCGCUACCGGUUUACUAACCCAUCAAGCGAAAGAUUGGUGGGAUGCGCACAGUAAGGAAAUAGGCGACGAUAGGCUGCAAGUUAUAACUUGGCAAGAGUUCAAGGGGCCCUUCAUGAGAUAUCAUUGCCCUCAGUCGGCCAUCGACAAGAUUCAGGAGGAUUUCUUGCGCCUCCGGCAGAAAAACGAAUCAGUAAACGAAAUAGCAAACACUUUUAUGGAUAAGAUGAAGUUCUGUGGGGAAUUGGUAACCACCGACAGAAUGAAGAUAAAUCGUUUCUAUGGCGUGUUAAAGGCAGAAAUUAGAGAGUUCAUCACUCCCUCAAAAUGUGAAACCCUCGAGGAGCUCAUUGAUUUAGCACGGGAUAGGGAGAUCGAGAUUAAAAGGCAAGAAGAGCGAGGUGAAAAGAGACCGAGUGAAAAGGGUGCAAGUUUUAGUCCAUCUAAAAAGGGGAAGUUUCAGGAUCAAGGAAGAAGGGGUAAGUCGAAAGGUGGAAUUACACCAUGCAAGACGUGUGGGAAGCUCCAUACCGGAGAAUGUUUGUUAGGCAAAAAGGGGUGCUUCAAAUGCGGGAAGGAGGGGCAUUCGUCUUAUCAAUGCCCGAACAACCCAAAGACUUGUUUCAACUGCUUCGAAAAGGGGCAUAUCAAGUCGGAAUGCCCAAAGCUUCAACAAGAGUCGAAGAAAGAAGAUAAGAAGCAAGAGGGUUCUAGGGCAAAAGGGAGAAUGUUUCAGAUCACAUCUGAAGAAGCCAAGUCCCAGCCAAAUGUGGUCUCAGGUAUCUUUCUAAUAAAUUCUAUACCGGUUUAUGUUUUGUUUGACACCGGAGCCACUAUGUCGUUUAUCUCUAGUGAAAUCGUUCAACAUCCAUCCUUUAAGAUUGAACGAAUGUCGAUGCCCUUAGAAGUAGAAAUAGCAGAUAGUAAAAAUUAUUUGCUGCACGAAAUAUGUAAGGAUUGUAGAUUAACCAUCGAGGAUGAGGAGUUUGCCAUUGAUCUCAUACCUAUGAUCUUGGGGGAAUUUAAAGUAAUAGUGGGUAUGGAUUGGAUGUCCCAAAACCACGCGGAGAUAAAUUGUGAAACCAAAACUAUACACCUCCAAGCUCCAAGUGGAAGACGAUUAUAUGUACAAGGCGAAAGAAAGAUGGAAGCGAAGUUAUGUACCCUCGUUCAAGCUACCAAGAUGGUUUAA